CUUAUACUUGCGGUAUGAGUGGUGAAUAUUAUCAUAUUGAAUUUCCUAGUUGACGCCGAAUGGAGAUUACCAUCCAAUCAGUGCAGAGUUUUUGUCUUGUUCGGUAUUUGGCGGUUUGGGCUAACCCAAUGGAUUUCCUUUACGUGAAACCAACAACGUCAAAUCUGGAAAGCUUGUGCAUGACGAAGCCGGAUUUAUAAUCCUGGCAUAGACCCUGAAUAAGAUUUUCAGGCAAGUUUAUAAAAUCACACCGAGUCAAGACUUGAGUAUUCUGGCUUAGACUUUAGCAAUAUUCCUUGAUCUUCAGUAGUGUUGUACUUUCGGGUGGAAACUUGAGUGCCCACAUUCAUAUAACAACGCAGCGAACCAGUUCAUUUCAUCGAUUAAGCCCGCAGCUGUUUUUACGUCACCAAACGAGCACUGCCAAUAUGCAGGACCCACGGUCCUUUUUCGCAUCUACAACGAAUGAGAUAAUUAUACCCACUUCAACAACGGAUAUUCACAGCGUUAUCACCCGCUGGUCAGACGAGCGUCUUCAACAGCCCGCAAUAAUAGUUAUCCCAUCAACUCGGGAGGAUAUAAUUGCAGCUAUACAAUAUGCCCGCCAAAAGAAUCUUACCAUCCUCGCCGGCGCUGGAGGUCACAAAGUAGUUCCUGUGAACGAUAAGACAUUAUAUCUUGACUUGCGAAAGUUCAAGAAAAUCGAGGUAAACAGAGAGAAAGCGACAGUGGAGAUAGGUGGCGCUGUUACCAACCUGGAGCUUAUGACUGAAUUGCUGAAGGACGGUUUCUAUACUACCUACGCCAAUUCGGGAGCAGUCUCAAUGGCUGGACUGGUCUUAGGAGGUGGUUUUUGCGGCGCACUCUCUUCAAUACAUGGGCUAGCAAUCGACAAUGUCGUUGCGUUCGAAGGCGUGACAGCCUCAGGCGAGGUCAUAAAGGUUGACCAGUCUGCCUCUGAUCCUAAGCACAAGGCUCUUUUUGAUAUCCUCUGCGGCGCUGGAUACGGACUACUCGUCAUAACAUCACAUUCGAUGAAAAUCCAUAAACUUUCUGCGCUCAAUCUCGACGACACAGAUAAGCUCUGGGUAAGAAAGUAUACAUUCCCUGGAAAAGUAAUUGGUGAGGUCGUCGACUUUUUCCAAAAACUUCUUCCGGUAAAGCCGAAGCUAAUGCCACUUAUUCUCUGCGUUCGUGCACCUCCAAAUGCUCCUUUCCCUGGGGCGCCUGUGAUUAUCUUGAGUAUCACAUAUUACGGUCCUAGUAGCGAGGCAAGCAAAAUAGUCGACCCCAUUGUUGCUUCCACAGACAUUGAAAAGUUUGCUAUAGCUUCUGAGACAACAUUAGCGCCAUUCACUAGCAUAUUUGACGGCUCCAAGAUGAUUGAUGCUCAUGGGGGAUUCAAAGCGCAGCAUAUGUCUAGGGCACACUCGUUCUCUACGUCUACAAUUGUCUCCGCAUUCAACCGCUGGAAGCAGCUUGGUGAGGAGGUACCGGAUGCCCGGGCGUUUUCUGUAUUUUUGGUCUGGGGUUACAAUCCCACCGCCACGAUUGAAAAUGGCUUGGUUAACGAUAAACGUCCGUUCAUUGGUAGAGAUAGAUCAAUGUUUGGUAAUGCGAUUACAUGGUACAACAAACCAGAGUCCAAGGCAGCUGUUGAAAAAUAUGCUACAGAUAUCUCUGAGAUACUGCAACAGGAUGACUCGAGGCAAGGGUAUCCAGGAGCGACAUUGCCAAAUAACUUUAGAGACAACUCAAAGGUACACCUGGGUUACACAGAUGAUAUGUUGGUAGAUAUUAGAAGAGUGCAUGCUGUAUGGAACCCGGAUUCUCUAUUCUAUAAUGUUUUAGAGGAUUCUGGAACAUGA